AUGAAUCGCGACAAACUGAAAUACAAUAAAAUGAAUUACAACAAAUUUGAAUGCGCCAAUACGAAUUAUGGGAAAAUAAAUUACAACAAAAUGAACUUAUUUUGUGAAAACUUUGACAUGAAUUACGUUUUAGACGAAUUAAAAAAAAAUUUUGAUAAGAGAAAACACCUUAUGUGUGAUAUCAACGAUUACAUAUUAUCAUCAGAAAAAAAAAAAAAAGACUUGAAUAAAUAUGAAGAAAAUUUAAUUGAGAAGCAGACCAAAAUUUUAACACAUACAAAAACGAAUUACAAAAAACUGAAUAACAUAAAUUAUGUAAAAUACUAUUUACCUUACUGUAUUCAGCCCAAAACAAACAACACCAAUAUGUGUCUACGCAAAAACAGCUAUCUAAAAAAUAGCAAGAAACAAAACAUUUUGCGAGAACUCAACAUUAAAAAGAAAUUGACCGAGUACAAAAUUGAUCGUUUUAUAAAAAAAUACACAGGAAAAUUUAAAACGAAAAGUAUUCUUCAUAAGCAAAUUUCAGAGAUAUAUAAGGAAAAAUGUAAAAUUGAAAUAUGUAUAAAAAAUAAGAAAAAUAGCAUGCUAAAUUUUAAUGUAGCAAUAGGACAUAUUGCUUUUUUUGAUUAUAAGGAGAACAUUCUUCUUGAAAAUGUUACGUUCGUUAAUAACUCAAAUGAGAAAAAGCUUCCUUGGAUUUUUAUUCAGUCAAGCAGUAUUAUGUUUUUCAAAAAAAUAGCCUAA